AUGUCCCAGCAAAGUACUCCAGCUUCUACUUCAACCACCACUGAGUAUAAACCUGAAGUUGGACCUGCAACGGUUCUUGCAGACUACGCCAAGGAAGUCAAAGAGAAGAAAUUAAAGCCAUAUUCAUCGUAUAAAACUGUGAAUGGCUUUGAAGAGGGGAUGAAAAAAUUUGGAAUCGAUAGCAAAGAAAUAAUAACGGAGAAACUUGAAAACGAUGAUGAAGAUUUACAACAUUGUAUAAAUGAAAUUAAAUAUAGAAUGAUUGAUAUAGACUCAGCAACGGGCAGUAAUGAAGCGUUACAUUGCUAG